AGGAACAUUAGUAGUUAGGCCACAAUGUUCACACAACAUGGGGAUAAAUUUGCCCGUGAUCAAAUUACCCCACAUAGGUUAAGUUUGCUGAUUUUGAUUAAAAACUAUGCGGAUAUAUGUGAUGGAAAACAUGCGGAUUACACACGGAUGGUGUGGCAAGAUGACUUUGCAAGCAAGCGACUAUUAGAUCGUUCUAUUCUCACUUGGCUUCAACAAUCAAACGGAUCGCUUAAAGAAAUGAUACGCAUCGUUGGUUUAUGUUCCAAAGUUUUACACGAGUCGUUUAAAUCAAUGCUGGACGCCAUUUGUAAUUUUGAAAGCAUCGAAAAUCUUGAAAACUUUUUCUCCAACCUCGGUUAUUCGUUGUUUCAAUCGAACGAUUCUGAUUCAACGCUUCAAAAAUGUUUGCUAGGUUUAUUCUGUCGCAGAAUGUUGAUUUAUUACGAGCGUCUCGCGUUCUGUGAACUUCAACCUUUAUUUGAUUCCUUUAUUAAAUAUUGUGCACCUAAUGUUCCAAUGGAUAAGCCACUAUCCGAUCCUCUUAGUCAGAAUGGGAGCCCUGAUGAAUCUGGCAACACUGCAGUUGCCAUGGACAGCAAUAAAGUAGAUGACAUGGAGUUGGAAUGUCAGAGUGAGAUGGACAGCAAGAGUAGCAGGGAUUCUAUUGACACCGAACUCAAAGCGUCUGAUCUAAAAACUGAGAAAUGCGAAGAGUUUGAUUCCCCUGAUUAUUUUUCGCGCCAACAAGCAGACAACUUUUUUAAACACCAAGCCAUGCUAUUGGAACACAACGAGGCUGAUGCGUUGCCUCCCGUUAUUUUGCAACAAAGAAUCCGACAGUUUCUUAAAACCAACCCAGAGUUAACACAAGCACAUUUCUUAAGUUACUUGAACAGUUUAAGAUUGGGUGAAUUCUGUGGAGCAAUGGACAGCCUACUAAUGUUUAUGAUUCGACAUAAUUGGAAAAGUUUCCCACUUUUUCCUAAACUUGAUGAUGAGAAUUUGAAUAAAAACCAAAGGUACGCGACCCUUAACCUCGCUUUGCUACAUUUACGUUUCGGCCACACGGAGGCAGCAUUGGCAGCAACGAAGGAAUCGAUAAACUUGGCGCAUCUUUCUAAUGACCCCAUGUGUUUACAACAUUCCAUGGCCCUUCUACACCACCUGCAACCAAAAUCAAGUCGCCAACAAAUGGCGGAAGAAGUUAUUAAACCUGCCAAGAAACAUGGCUUGGCGGAACUUGCUUUUAACGCAACUCAAGCUUACACCAAGAGUGAAGGGUUACACAAUGGUAAACCUGAUAAGUUAUUUCGUAAUCUAACGGCAUCAGAUGUGCUGCAAUGUUCCAAACCAUUGACCUACUUUUCAAUGACAAGCGUAACUCAUAAAGCUUCACUGUGGAGAAUGUAUGGGAAAAGGUGGAUAAUUGUAAAAGUUUUAUCUUAGCCUGGCGGGAAUGAUAG